GUUCAACCAUCUUCUUCCUCAUGGCUCUGAAUUCUUCAGCUUUCUUCGUUCCAUGUCACAAUUACAAUCAAAUUUGUGAUCUUCUUCUUUCUUCAGCUAGAUCCAGAUCCAUUGUUAAAGGACUUCAGCUUCAUGGCUAUAUCGUUAAAUCAGGCCUUUCUCUUAUCCCUCUCGUCGCUAACAAUCUCAUUAAUUUCUACUCCAAAUCACAGCUUCCGUUUGAUUCUCGUCGAGCUUUUGAAGAUAGCCCACAAAAGAGUGCGACGACUUGGAGUUCAAUCAUCUCUUGUUUUGCUCAGAACGAGCUUCCAUGGAUGUCACUCGAGUUUCUUAGGAAAAUGAUGGCGGGAAGCCUUAGACCUGAUGAUCAUGUUCUUCCGUCUGCGACCAAGUCUUGUGGAAUUUUGAGUCGUUGUGAUAUUGGGAAAUCGGUUCAUUGUCUCUCGAUGAAGACUGGGUAUGAUGCUGAUGUGUUCGUUGGGAGUUCUUUGGUUGAUAUGUAUGCGAAAUGUGGAGAAAUUGUUUAUGCGAGGAAGAUGUUCGACGAAAUGCCUCUGAGAAAUGUUGUUACUUGGAGUGGGAUGAUGUAUGGGUAUGCUCAAAUGGGUGAAAAUGAGGAAGCUUUGUGGUUGUUUAAAGAAGCUUUGUUUGAAAAUCUCGCUGUUAAUGAUUACUCGUUUUCGACUGUUAUUAGUGUUUGUGCCAAUUCGACUCUACUUGAGUUAGGUAGACAGAUUCAGGGGUUGUGUAUUAAGUCCAGCUUUGACUCUUCUAGCUUUGUGGGUAGUUCGUUAGUCUCAUUGUAUUCGAAAUGUGGUGAUCUUGAAGGAGCUUAUCAAGUUUUUGAUGAGGUGCCUAUGAGGAAUCUCGGGAUUUGGAACGCGAUGCUUAAGGCUUGUGCGCAACAUUCGCAUACUCAAAAGGUUAUUGAAUUGUUCAAGCGGAUGAAACUCUCUGGAAUGAAACCAAAUUUUAUAACUUUUCUGAAUGUGCUCAAUGCUUGUAGCCACGCGGGUCUAGUAGAUGAAGGGAAAUACUACUUUGAUCUGAUGAAAGAAUCGAGAAUUGAGCCGACGGAUAAGCAUUACGCUUCCUUGGUGGAUAUGCUGGGACGAGCUGGUAAACUAGAAGAAGCACUUGAAAUAGUCACGAAUAUGCCAAUCGAUCCCACGGAAUCUGUAUGGGGAGCUUUAUUAACGAGUUGUACAAUCCACAAGAACACAGAACUUGCAGCAUUUGCAGCAGACAAGGUCUUCGAAUUAGGACCAGUGAGUUCCGGUAUGCACAUUUCUUUAUCUAAUGCUUAUGCAGCCGAUGGUAGAUUCGAAGACGCAGCCAAAGCCAGAAAAUUGCUUCGAGACCGAGGGGAAAAGAAGGAAACAGGGCUAAGUUGGGUUGAAGAAAGGAACAAAGUUCAUACAUUUGCAGCUGGAGAAAGACGCCAUGAGAGAAGCAAGGAGAUAUAUGAGAAGCUGGCUGAGUUAGGGGAAGAGAUGGAGAAAGCGGGUUAUGUUGCAGACACGAGCUAUGUUCUGAGAGAAGUGGAUGGUGAUGAGAAGAAUCAGACCAUAAGGUAUCAUAGCGAGAGAUUAGCUAUUGCUUUUGGACUAAUCACAUUUCCGGCUGAUAGACCGAUCCGGGUGAUGAAGAAUCUGCGUGUUUGCGGUGAUUGCCAUAACGCGAUCAAGUUCAUGUCCAUAUGUACGAGACGAGUGAUCAUUGUGAGAGAUAACAAUAGAUUUCAUCGGUUUGAAGAUGGCAAGUGUUCUUGUAAUGACUAUUGGUGAUAGACAAACGAGAGUUGGUUUAUAUUAUUUAAAGAUAACGGCUACUUCUUCUUCUUGAAUCUUGAUCAUUAUUUGUAGGAUAAAAUUCGAAAUAAAAUCAUUAUUUAUUUAUCAUA